CUCCGUCGCCUUUAACAUUGAAGUCUUUCAAAUGUUUCUUGCUUUAUCAUUUUGAUAAUUCAAUUGUUCACUCCCCAAAUCUUUCAACUUGAAGCCACCUUAAAGGCGUGAUAUAGACAUGCUCUGUCGCAUGGCUAGUUACCAUAUUGUACAAAUUUGUUCUUCCACUUAUAAGUAAAUUCUCUUUUUUGUUUCCCCGGACUAGCCUUCUUCACAACCACUCAGAAUGACGACGCGACGCGAUUUCUUAAGCCAGCCGGCGCCCGAGAACUAUGUUGCAGGUUUAGGUCGUGGUGCCACCGGUUUCACCACUCGAUCAGAUUUAGGUCCAGCUAGAGAGGGACCCUCUGAAGAUCAGAUUAAGGAAGCCCUUGCGAAACGAGCAGCUCAACUAGGAUUCGGUGACGCAGUACCCGGCAAAAAGGACGACGAGGAUGACAACGAAGAGCGAUUCCAAGACCCGGAUAACGAGGUCGGCUUAUUUGCCGGUGGUGUUUACGACAAAGAUGACGAUGAGGCCGAUAGGAUAUACCGAGAGAUAGAUGAGAAGAUGGAUAAGCGACGAAGAGCUAGAAGGGAAGCCCGCGAAAAAGCUGAACAAGAAGAAUACGAGCGCAAAAAUCCCAAGAUUCAACAACAGUUUGCCGACCUCAAACGAAGCCUGGAAGGCGUUUCCGAAGAAGAAUGGGCAGCAUUACCUGAAGUCGGUGAUCUUACCGGAAAGAAUCGACGGAGCAAACAGGCAAGGCAGCAGCGCUUUUAUGCUGUUCCCGAUAGCGUUUUGGCCGCUGCUGGCAGUGCCGGAGAGCUUGGAUCAACCGUAGCCGACGACGGGGCGACCACGACAGCCGGCGGCCCGAGUACCCAAGAUGGAACUAUGACCAACUUCGCCAAGAUUGGUCAAGCAAGAGACAAAGUCCUUCAAGUUAGGCUUGAUCAAGCGUCACAAAACGGAACUGCGACAUCAGGAAGUGCGACAAGCGUUGAUCCCAAAGGCUACCUAACUAGUCUAGCAAAAACCCAGCUGCCAGAAAGCGCUGCGCAAGUAGGAGAUAUCAACAGAGUGAGAGAGCUUCUUGAAUCAGUCAUCAAAACCAACCCCAACAAUGGUCCUGGCUGGGUAGCCGCAGCUCGUGUCGAGGAACUAGCAGGCAAAAUUGUAGCAGCGCGGAAUGUGAUAGCACGUGGUUGUGAACAUUGUCCAAAAAAUGAGGAUGUCUGGCUUGAGAAUAUCCGGUUGAACGAAGGGCGUAACGCUAAGAUUAUUGCUGCGCAAGCAAUUCAAAAGAACAACCGCUCGGUGAGAUUAUGGGUGGAGGCGAUGAAACUAGAAGGCGACUCAAGAUCAAAGAAAAGAGUAAUACGACAUGCUCUAGAUCACAUUCCUGAAUCCGAGGCACUCUGGAAGGAAGCGGUUAAUCUAGAAGAAGACCCGGAUGAUGCUAGACUGCUAUUAGCCAAGGCCACGGAACUCAUCCCACUCUCAGUAGACCUGUGGCUCGCCUUGGCCAGACUUGAGUCGCCAGAAAAUGCCCAAAAGGUGCUCAACAGAGCUCGUAAGCACUGUCCGACAUCCCACGAAAUCUGGAUAGCUGCUGCGAGAUUACAAGAGCAGCUUGGUCAAGGAGAGAAGGUCAACGUCAUGAAGCGUGCCGCACAAGUUCUUGUUAAAGAAUCCGCAAUGCCAAAAAGGGAGGAGUGGAUUGGUGAGGCAGAGAAGUGCGAGCAAGAAGGUGCCAUCAUUACUUGCGGCGCAAUCAUCCGAGAAACUCUUGGCUAUGGCCUGGAUGAGGACGACGAUCGUAAAGAUACUUGGUUAGAUGAUGCUCGUGGAAGUAUUAAUAGGGGUAUGUUCGAAACCGCUCGCGCCAUCUACGCAUAUGCGCUUCGAGUAUUCCCCACAAGUAAGACGAUCUGGUUAGCAGCUGCAGAUCUCGAACGAAACCACGGCACCAAGGAAGACCUGUGGCAAGUCCUCGAAAAAGCUGUGAAUGCUGUACCUCGCAGUGAAGUUUUAUGGAUGAUGCUUGCCAAGGAGAAAUGGCAGGCUGGAGAAAUCGACAACGCACGACGUGUUCUAGCUAGAGCUUUCCAGCAAAAUCCAAACAACGAAGACAUCUGGCUCGCAGCCGUCAAAUUAGAGGCUGAGAAUGGACAAACUGAGCAGGCACGAGGCCUCUUGAAAACGGCCCGUCAAGAGGCUCCAACCGAUCGUGUCUGGAUGAAGAGUGCCACCUUCGAAUGGCAACUAGAUGAUCUCGACGCGGCUCUAGAUCUUGUCCAACAAGCUCUUAACCUCUUCCCAGCCUCCGCCAAGCUCUGGAUGAUGAAGGGUCAGAUCUACGAGGACCUAGAAAAGCCGCUACAAGCUCGUGAAGCUUAUAGCACAGGUGUCAAGGCAGUGCCCAAGUCAGCUCCUCUAUGGCUACUCUAUUCUCGCCUAGAAGAGAAGCUUGGACAACUCCCCAAAGCUCGCUCUGUUCUUGAUCGUGCACGUCUCGCAGUACCGAAAUCGGCAGAGCUAUGGUGCGAGUCCGUUCGGGUAGAGAGACGGGCGCAGAACAUGAAGCAGGCCGAGUCACUUAUGGAACGCGCCCUCCGCGAUGUGGCUAAGCCAGAUCAGGGCAUCCUCUGGUGCGAGAAGAUCUGGCACCUCACGACGCGGCCGCAGCGAAAACCACGAGCGCUGGAAGCGAUCAAGGAGGUGGACAACGACCCGGUCCUACUAGUAGCCGUCGCGCGCAUAUUCUGGGGCGAGCGCCGGCUCGAGAAGGCACAGAACUGGUUCGAAAAGGCGUUGGUGCGGGAUUCAGAUCUGGGCGAUAGCUGGGCGUGGUACUACAAGUUCCUGCUCGAGCACGGGACGGAGGAGAAGCGGGAGGAGGUUAUUAGUAAAUGCGUUGGUGUGGAGCCGAGGCACGGAGAGGUUUGGCAGGCGGUGGCGAAGAACCCGAAGAAUGCGCGCAAGAGUGUUGAGGAGGUUCUGAAGCUGGUGGCUGCUGAGCUGAGAUAAGCUAGGUCUAUAGUGUGCGGUGGCUCUGUGCAGGUAGAAUUUAUAUGCAUAAAUGAGUAACUGAUGGACUGGA